AUGGCACUGAAGACAAACCUAUUUUCCGUUACUCUGAGUGUGGAGGGAAUGACCUGUGGCUCCUGUGUCCAGUCAAUAGAGCAGCGAAUCGGUGGCUUCCCUGGAGUUGUCCGUAUUAAGGCUUCCCUGGAGCUGAAAAAUGCCACUGUGGUGUUUGACCAAGCUCUUCAGAGCAAAGAAUCCUUGGCUGAAGCUAUUGAAGAUAUGGGGUUUGAAUGCACCUUAACUGAGACUACCACGGCAACACCAGUCCCCUUAGAGACAAAGUUUUUCUCCACAACAGGCACAAUCACAGAGCAGGCACUAAGCCGACUGUCUCAGCUACAGGGUGUCACAGCGACGCGGGAGAGCAGUGAUAAAAGGGGUCUGUCGAUCACGUACACUCCAUCUUUGAUCGGCGAGGAGCGGAUUAGUGAGGAACUGAGCUGCCUGAACCCUGAGCCGUCGUCCAGCCCAGUUCACAGUCCCCAGGAGGGAACCACACGUAACCCCAGCGGGGUGGAGAUGGUGAAAAUGCGGGUUGAUGGCAUGGUCUGUCUGUCCUGCACCACCACCAUUGAGGGAAAGAUUGGGAAACUCAAGGGGAUUGAGAAAAUAAAAGUUUCUCUAGAAUCCCAGGAAGCCACAAUACUGUACUUGCCUUACCUCAUAUCUGUGGAUGAGAUUGUUACCAAGAUCGAUGUGGCGGGUUUCAAGGCCUUUGUCAAAUCGAAGCCUCGUCAGAUACAGCUGUCGCCUGAGGUGGAGCGUUUGUUAAGCGCUCCGAAUCAGACUUCCUCUUCACCAGUGGACAGCGCCUCAGGACAGACCGAAGACAUCCCAGCUACGGCUUUAUUUAAAGUGACAGGGAUGCACUGUAAUUCUUGUGUCGUUAACAUCCAGGACAAUACGGUCAAACUGCAGGGGGUGAGCUCAGUGGAGGUGUCUUUAGAGAAGGGUCAAGCUUCUGUAAUGUACAACCUGAAACUUAUCUCUACAGCAGAGCUACAGAAGGCUAUUGAGGCCUUGCCACCCGGAAACUUUAGAGUUCAGCUGAUCAGCCCAGACAGCCAAGCACAGAUGGCUCAUCUUACUACAGCCCUGUUCUCCCCAACCGAACCCACCUUCCUGCAGCCCCUGUCUGCUGUGGUGGACAUCCAUAUUGAGGGUAUGACCUGUGGCUCCUGUGUCCAGUCUAUCGAAGGUGUCAUCUCCCAACAGAAAGGCGUUAGAUCAGCGCUGGUUUCACUCGCCAAUCACAAAGGGACUUUUGAGUACGAUCCUCUGGUCACCUCACCGGAAGAGCUUCGUAAAGCCAUUGAGGAGAUGGGCUUUGAUGCCCUCUUGCCUGAAACGAAUUCUUUAGUGCCACAGGCAGCGUGUAGACCUUUAUCUGGGUGUUACUCUGUGACAUCUUCCGUUUUGCCUGCUGCGAAAGACAAACAGCUGGAAGGUGACUUAGAACCAGGCUCUAACGGAGUCAGAGGAGAUUCACAAGCCUCAGAGACACAUUCCAAAUGUUUUAUCCAAAUUGGAGGGAUGACCUGUGUCUCUUGUGUUAACAACAUUGAAAGAAAUCUCAAAAACGAGAAUGGGAUAUACUCAGUGUUGAUUGCACUAAUGGCUAGUAAAGCAGAAGUUCGUUACAAUCCCAGUGUCAUUGAUCCAUUGAGGAUAGCAGAAUGUAUCAGAGAGCUUGGCUUCACCGCCACUGUCAUGGAGAAUCAUGAAGGCUCCGAUGGAAACCUGGAGCUUGUGGUCAGGGGAAUGACCUGUGCCUCCUGCGUUCACAAAAUUGAAUCUAACCUGACAAAACAGAAGGGGAUCCUUUAUACCUCUGUUGCCCUGGCAACCAGUAAAGCCCACAUUAAAUAUGACCAAGAUUUGAUUGGCCAUCGAGAUAUAAUCAGACUGAUUGAGAACAUGGGUUUUGAUGCAGCGCUUGUGAAGACAGAUCACACUGGGAGUCAUUUGGAUCACAGUCGAGAAAUUAAACAGUGGCGGAAAUCUUUCUUGAUCAGCCUCCUGUUCUGCAUACCGGUCAUGGGAAUGUCGAUCUAUAUGAUCAUAGUGGAUCACCAGAUCAACAUGGCCCACCACCACAACGCCACUGCCGAGGACAGAGAACAAUACCACUCCACCAUGUUUCUGGAGAAACAGCUCCUCCCUGGUCUGUCCAUUAUGAACCUCCUGUCCCUUGUCUUCUGUGUCCCUUUGCAGUUCAUUGGAGGCCGACACUUCUACAUUCAGGCGUACAAAGCCGUCAAGCACAGAACAGCCAACAUGGAUAUGCUUAUAGUUCUGGCAACCUCCACAGCUUUCACUUAUUCUGUGGUAAUUCUGAUGGUUGACAUGGUGGAGAAGGCAAAGGUUAAUCCAGUCACCUUUUUUGAUACACCUCCCAUGCUCUUUGUCUUCAUUGCCCUGGGCAGAUGGCUGGAGCAGAUAGCAAAGAGUAAGACCUCAGAAGCCUUGUCCAAGCUGAUGUCUCUACAGGCCACUGAAGCCACGAUUGUAACACUGAAUGAUGACAAGUCCAUUUUGAGUGAGGAGCAGGUGGAUGUAGAGCUGGUACAGAGGGGUGAUGUAGUGAAAGUGGUGCCAGGUGGCAAGUUCCCGGUGGAUGGACGAGUUAUCAAGGGCCACUCUAUGGCAGAUGAAUCUCUCAUCACGGGUGAGUCCAUGCCUGUUACUAAGAGGCCUGGCAACAUGGUUAUUGCCGGCUCCAUCAACCAGAACGGCUCUUUGCUCAUCAGUACCACCCAUGUGGGUAUGGACACCACCCUCUCUCAGAUCAUUAAACUGGUGGAGGAAGCUCAGACAUCAAAGGCUCCUAUCCAGCAGUUUGCAGAUAAGAUCAGUGGUUACUUUGUCCCAUUCAUCGUGGCAGUCUCUGUGCUCACUCUCAUUGGAUGGAUGUCAGCUGGAUUUGUAAACUUUCCACUGCUUCAGAAAUACUUCCCUAGGUAUUAUAAGAGCAUCUCAAAGGCAGAGGCGGUCAUUCGCUUUGCCCUCCAGGCCUCCAUUACUGUUCUGUGCAUUGCCUGCCCCUGCUCACUGGGCCUGGCAACCCCAACUGCUGUCAUGGUAGGGACUGGAGUUGGUGCACAGAAUGGCAUCCUUAUCAAAGGGGGAGGGCCUCUGGAGAUGGCACACAAGAUUCAGUCCGUUGUGUUCGAUAAAACUGGUACCAUCACAUACGGAGCUCCAAAAGUGGUUCAGGUGAAACUGGUUGUGGAAGGGAACCGUAUUCCUCGCUCUAGACUUCUGGCCAUAAUCGGAACAGCAGAAAACAACAGUGAACACCCACUGGGUGUAGCCAUCACCAAGUACUGUAAACAGGAGUUGGCUACAGAGUCUUUGGGUGCCUGCAGUGAUUUUCAGGCAGUACCUGGUUGUGGAAUUAAGUGUCAGGUCAGUAACUUGGAGAACCUGGUGAGACAUGAGGACAGCGACAGUGAGGAGAACCAGCGCAAUGCCGUCCUGAUCCAAAUCAGCGAUACCAGAACCAGCUCUAAUUCCCACCCUCUCAUAAUGGAUCCACAACCUCUCAGUCUGGUGCAGUCGGCGGCGUAUACGAUACUGAUCGGGAACAGGGAGUGGAUGAGGAGGAAUGCAAUACAGAUCGGAGGGGAUGUAGACGAGGCCAUGGUGGAGCACGAACGCAGGGGGCGCACUGCUGUCUUGGUGGCUGUAGAUGGCGUCCUGUGUGCCAUGGUAGCUAUCGCAGAUUCAGUGAAACCAGAGGCUGAGCUGGCUGUCCACACUCUCAAUGCUAUGGGUCUAGAGGUUGUGCUUAUGACGGGAGACAACAGUAAGACUGCUCGGGCCAUUGCCGCACAGGUUGGCAUUAGGGAGGUGUUUGCAGAGGUUCUGCCCUCACACAAGGUUGCCAAAGUGGAGCAGCUGCAAAAGGCUGGCAAAUGUGUCGCCAUGGUAGGCGAUGGGGUGAACGACUCACCUGCGUUGGCCAUGGCAGACAUCGGCAUUGCCGUCGGCACAGGCAGUGAUGUUGCAAUUGAGGCUGCAGAUGUGGUUCUAAUCAGGAAUGAUCUUCUGGAUGUUGUUAGGAGCAUUGGCCUGUCUAAAAAGACUGUGAAACGCAUCCGUAUAAACUUUGUGUUUGCGCUAAUCUACAAUCUCAUCGGGAUUCCAAUAGCAGCUGGUGUGUUCAUGCCCAUUGGACUGGUGCUACAGCCUUGGAUGGGCUCUGCUGCUAUGGCUCUGUCCUCUGUCUCAGUGGUGGUCUCCUCCCUCCUACUCAAAUGUUACACUAAACCCACUGCUGAGACACUAAAGUCAAAGCUCAGCAGGCAGAGGCGCCAGGGCAGCCUAUCAGAUGUCAGCGUCCAGAUUGGAAUGGGAGAACUGCAACGUAGCUCGCUCAGACUGAGCCAUUUUGAUCGCAUUGUUGACUACAUCCGAGCCUCUAUCAGCUCCCUGUGCUCUGACAAGCAUUCUCGCAACAGCAUGGCACUUACUGAAGUGGAUGAACACUUGCUGCUAGUUGGGGAUGCACAAGGUGAAGAAGGAAAUGGUAUGACCGCAUAA